CGGAGCGCACAUUAGCCAUUACAGAAACAUUAGCUAACUUGUUCCCAAAGCUAGCUCAAAUCUCUCUCAGAAAACCAAGCCAUGGGUCAGGGACCAUCCGGUAACCGGCAAGGUCUUCCGGGAGACCGGAAGUCUGACGGAGGCGAUAAGAAAGACAAGAAAUUCGAGCCGGCUGCUCCACCGGCCCGCGUCGGCCGAAAACAGCGCAAGCAGAAGGGGCCGGAGGCUGCUGCCCGGCUGCCGACUGUGACGCCAUUGACGAAGUGCAAACUGAGACUGUUAAAGUUAGAGCGAAUUAAGGACUAUCUGCUGAUGGAGGAGGAGUUCGUGGCCAACCAGGAGAGGUUGAAGCCUCAGGAAGAGAAAGCAGAGGAGGACCGAUCCAAGGUUGAUGAUUUGAGGGGUUCGCCUAUGAGUGUGGGGAACUUGGAAGAGUUGAUUGAUGAAAAUCACGCCAUUGUUUCUUCAUCGGUUGGGCCUGAGUAUUAUGUUGGGAUUUUGUCUUUUGUUGAUAAGGAUCAGCUGGAGCCUGGUUGUGCUAUCUUGAUGCAUAAUAAGGUCCUAUCUGUUGUUGGGCUUCUUCAGGAUGAAGUUGAUCCAAUGGUAUCUGUAAUGAAGGUUGAGAAGGCUCCAUUAGAGUCUUAUGCUGAUAUAGGCGGUUUAGAUGCCCAAAUACAAGAAAUUAAAGAAGCAGUUGAGCUCCCUCUGACUCAUCCUGAACUGUAUGAAGAUAUUGGUAUUAAGCCUCCAAAGGGAGUCAUACUAUAUGGAGAGCCUGGAACUGGCAAAACCUUGCUUGCAAAGGCAGUGGCAAAUUCAACAUCAGCAACUUUCUUACGUGUUGUCGGUAGUGAAUUAAUUCAAAAGUACUUGGGAGAUGGCCCAAAAUUAGUGAGGGAACUUUUCAGAGUUGCUGAUGAUCUCUCUCCAUCAAUUGUUUUCAUUGAUGAAAUUGAUGCAGUUGGUACAAAGAGGUAUGAUGCCCAUUCAGGUGGUGAACGUGAAAUUCAGAGAACCAUGUUAGAGUUACUGAACCAAUUAGAUGGUUUUGAUUCAAGGGGAGAUGUCAAAGUGAUUCUUGCAACCAACCGAAUUGAAAGUCUUGAUCCAGCUUUGCUCCGGCCCGGUCGAAUAGAUAGGAAGAUUGAAUUUCCACUUCCUGAUAUCAAAACAAGGCGACGUAUUUUCCAGAUACACACAUCAAGGAUGACAUUGGCUGAUGAUGUCAACUUAGAAGAAUUUGUUAUGACUAAAGAUGAGUUCUCUGGAGCUGAUAUAAAAGCUAUAUGUACUGAAGCUGGUUUGCUCGCUUUACGAGAGCGACGUAUGAAGGUAACACAUGCUGACUUCAAAAAGGCAAAAGAGAAGGUGAUGUUCAAGAAGAAGGAAGGAGUACCAGAAGGACUUUAUUUGUGAAAAGAUUGAUCUUCUAUCACUUAGAAAAUAGAGAUCAUUCACUAUUGGCUUUUCUUGCUCUGUGUUAAUGUCUUUUAUCCAAAAUCUUUUUUUGAUUUAAAAAAUUCGGUUCUUGUUGCAAGACUUCAUUGCAGAAGGUAUGUUCUGUGUGCUUUUUGUUAUAGUAAUGAUAAUUCUAUUAGUCGAAUUUCGUUA